AUUUAGAAAACUGACAGUUAAAACUUGGAUGCGCGCUUCUUCCUCUUCUGCCUCCCCGAAUUCUCUCAUUUAUCCUUCACCACGUAGAUUAGGGUUGAUAUAUCUCUUCGUCUAUCUUCAAGCAGAGAGCUUAGGAUCGGGAAACAAGAAGGCCAUAUAUGGAUAGCAGCAGCUCCUAUUUCUCCGUCUACAACGGUUGCAUCCCUAAAAGGUUCAUCGUUUGCCUCUUCUCCGCCGCCACCAUCGCCAUUUCCGUCACUUUCUUCCUUUCUAGUGAGCCACCCCAUGGCGGCCACUCCAAGCUAUCUUCUCGCAGCCCUCGAGUCUGGCCCAAAUUGGAGGCGAACUGGCGGAGCGCUCUGGCGACCAUCAUCGGCUUCCUCGGCUCGGCCUUCGGUACGGUGGGCGGUGUAGGUGGAGGCGGUAUAUUUGUUCCAAUGCUUAAUCUCAUCGUCGGCUUCGACACCAAAUCAGCCGCAGCUCUCUCGAAAUGUAUGAUCAUGGGUGCAUCGGCAUCUUCUGUUUGGUAUAAUCUACGGGUUUUACAUCCUUCGAAGGAGGUUCCCAUCAUAGACUACGACCUUGCCCUGCUCUUUCAGCCCAUGUUGAUGCUGGGAAUCACAAUUGGAGUCGCUCUAAGUGUAGUCUUUCCUUAUUGGCUCAUCAGUGUUCUCAUCAUCAUCCUUUUUUUGGGUACUUCGUCGAGGUCUUUCUUUAAAGGAAUCCAGAUGUGGAAGGAGGAAACUAUCGUCAAGAUGGAGACGGAGAACAGAGAGAAGGAGGCCAAAGCUAGAUCUGAAAGGAGCAGUGAUGUUAUAAUGGAUUCGGUAUACGAGCCUCUGCUUGCUCCGCCGCCGGAGAAGUCCGGAAUUGAAAUUUUACUCAUAAACCUACGUUGGAAAGGCAUAUUUGUCCUUGUUCUCGUUUGGCUCUCCUUCCUCCUCCUCCAGGUUCUCAAAAAUGGCACCGAGGACUGUAGCACCAUUUUUUGGCUCUUGAACAUCCUCCAGUUUCCGGCGGCGCUGAGCGUGUUCGGUUGGGAGGCUGUGCGGCUGUGGCGAGAGAGCAGGGCAAGGCGUCAGCGUGGGGACUGGGCGUGCGUGUGUGAGGCGUCAAUUGAAUGGAGCGCGCUCCAGCUCAUCUUAUGCGCUCUGUGCGGCCUCCUUGGCGGCACCGUGGGUGGCCUUCUUGGCUCCGGCGGAGGCUUUGUUCUUGGACCAUUACUCCUAGAGAUUGGUGUUGUCCCCCAGGUUGCCAGCGCUACAGCGACAUUUGUCAUGCUUUUCUCAUCAUCUCUCUCUGUUGUGGAGUUCUAUUUUCUCAAAAGGUUUCCCAUGCCCUAUGCUCUAUACCUGAUAGCUGUAUCUAUGACUGCUGGAUUCUGGGGACAGUUCUUGGUAAGGAAGCUGGUGAAGUUUCUAAAAAGAGCUUCGAUCAUUGUCUUCAUCCUCUCCGCGGUCAUCUUUGCGAGUGCUCUAACCAUGGGCGUGGUUGGUGCUGACAAAAGUAUUUACAUGAUCAAACAUCACGAGUACAUGGGUUUUCUUACAUUUUGCCAGAACUGAUAGAUGAAUGUUAGGGGGCAAUUAUGAUCGUCCAGCAUUAGAAAUAAGUGUGGUGUCAAUACCUUAUUGACAGAAAUCACUCAAAAGAGUUAGUGUCGAUGUUUCUUAGGCUUUUCUGAGUUAGCCUUUGAAUUUAUCAAUUUUUCAUUUUUAAAUUAUUGUACAUGUUUCUAGACUUUAUUUGGAUGGUAAUGUAAAAUAUUUUCUUAC